AUGAAUCGACCUACCGAACAUCGACUUCGACCUUUCGGAAGAGAGCCCAGAUUUGGGUCAUUGUAUCAUGAAUACCAUCGAAUCUCUGUUCCUUACUUUUCAUAUAGCUCAGAGCCACUCAGGAGAGCUGCAUUUGAUAGAUACGGACCUGAGUAUAGACUGGGCCGAAGUUCCGAUAGGAGUAAGAACAGAAGUCGAGUACUGGGUCCAGAGAACAUAGAGCGUAUGUUCGACUCGAGUAGUGACUAUGAAGACGCAAGGCACAAAGAUGCCUUACCUUUUGGGAAAGCCAUGAAGAAAUUGCGUACUGUAGUCAAGGAUGCGGAAACCAUUUACUCUGGAGUCCUCAAAGAGUACAACGCCGAUGUUCAAAAUAUCAAGAAUUAUACACCGGAUAAGAUCUUGAGACAAUUGUGGAGUUUGAAAUUGGAUAGUGUGUCGAGAAUUCAAGAUCAGACGGAGGACUCAAAUCAGCAUGCGGACUAUGGCAACCAAGAUCGAGAUCAAGACGGCAACAAUGUCAAGAAGGUGCACGACUCAGAAGACACAUUGUACGAACAGCUCAACCAACAAAUCGCACAAGUCGUGGAAGCCUUGAAGCAGGCACAUAUGUCAAUCGUUGGAGAGAAAUCGAGCACAACUGUAUUCAAAGCGUCGGAAAGAUUGAAGGAAAAGAUCGAUACCACGGGUAGGCAGAUUCUAGAGUUGUUUCAAAGGGCCAAAGAUGGAAGUCAAGAUUGUGAAGCCCUUCUGGACGAGUUGAAUGGGUUGUACACUUUGCUAGAAAGCAAUAGGAAAUUGUACGCUGUCGAGAAAGAGGGAGAAAAUGCGGAGGGUUCAAUGCCAUCUUAG